UCCGCAGCUGGUCGCCGGGGACCCGAUCCCUCCCGCGCGCCCGAGUGAUGGAGGGGAAGAGAUUCGCUUAGACACACACACGCGCACACAGCUGGGCACGUCUCCGGGAGGCAGCCGCCGGGAGCCGGGCGGCGGCCGUGACAGCACCAGCCGCGGGGAGCCGGGCGCCCACGCAGCUUGGCCCCGGCGGCUCCAAGACCCCGGAAGGGAAGAUCCCAGCCGCACUGACUGUUGGUUUUAGGCAAUUGGGAGGAAGCAAGCUGCCCAAGGACCUGUCACUGAGGACGCAGGAGGUUCUCCGCUCGGCGGUCAGAGACUGGGGCCGCGCCGGUGCCCGCGUGGGGCGAGGAGGAUGCUCAGCUCCUCCCGCAGAGGCGCUGCGGGCCCAGGCACUGCGCGGACUCGGGCUCCCGCGGCCGCCCCUACCGUGCCCGCGCCGCGGGAGCGCGCCCUGCCGUACCUGGCUCCAGCCUCCAGGGGAAGUGCGGGAAACGCGCCCUAAACUCCACUACUUCUCGCGCGCCUCCUCCCCUUCCUGGCUCCCCGCCCCAGACCUCGCAGCCGCCGCCGCCUGCGUGUAGGGCCCGCCUGCCUCUUACUCUCACGCGCGCACGCACAGCCCCGCUGGCUCGCUCGCAUUCGAGCGCCUCGCUCCCCGUGGAGCCGAAGCCCGGACGUCCGGAACUACUGCACCAACUGCCAACGGGACUGCAGGAGACGCCCUGUGGCCCGGCGCGACCAGCUGCUGGCCCACGCGCCCUGGGCUCCCGCCCACGCUGCCGCCGCCGGGGACGUUGAGGUAAUCAGGUACCCAGAGGCUUCAGCAUUGCUGUCUUCCCUUCUCAAUGGCGUUUCUGGUGUCCACCUCAGGAGUCUCCUUGGCCAGCUCUGAAACACUUGAAAAUUAAACAGAGAAUCCACUGCAUAUAUUCUUCUUGAAAAUUUCCAUUGUAUAUGUUCAGAACUUUCUGAAUAAGAAUAAGGAUUUGAAGGUGCUAACAGAGCAGGGAACAAGCUAAAAGGACAGCAGUAGAUGUGGAGAGGCCAUGGAGCAUCCACCAACCAGAUAAUCAUCGCUGGAAUAACUGGAGGUGUCUGGAUGUAGUGAAAAUUGUGCCUACCUCUUUUGACAUGUGGGAAUGUCUAAGUCAGCAAGAAGUGUAUACUUGCCCCCUUAGACCCUCAACAGUACCUAAAGGUCAUCUGCCUUGAAGACUGACCAAGACCUGCAACUCCCAACUUUUAAGACUCCAUUGUGGCAGAUGCUUGAGCACUUCGUGAUGUCAUAGAAAACCAAAGAGGCAUCUUGAAUGUUAAAUUUGCCAAGCUGCAGAAGUCCUGAAGGUUGAUGGAGGGCCAUGCUAUUCAAACAGCAGGCAUGGCUGAGACAGAAGCUCCUGGUGCUGGGAAGCCUUGCUGUUGGGAGUCUCCUGUAUCUAGUCGCCAGAGUUGGGAGCUUGGAUAGGCUACAACCCAUUUGCCCCAUCGAAGGCCGGUUCGGAGCCCGUGGUCAGGCUGAAUUCCCCCUGCGCGCCCUGCAGUUUAAGCGUGGCUUGCUGCACGAGUUUCGGAAGGGCAACUCUUCCAAGGAGCAGGUACGCCUUCAUGACCUGGUCCAGCAGCUCCCCAAGGCCAUUAUCAUCGGGGUGAGGAAAGGAGGCACCAGGGCCCUGCUUGAGAUGCUGAACCUCCAUCCGGCAGUGGUCAAAGCCUCUCAAGAAAUCCACUUUUUUGACAAUGACGAGAAUUAUGCCAAGGGUAUUGAGUGGUAUAGGAAAAAGAUGCCUUUUUCCUACCCUCAGCAAAUCACAAUUGAAAAGAGCCCAGCGUAUUUUAUCACGGAGGAAGUUCCAGAAAGGAUUUACAAAAUGAACUCAUCUAUCAAGUUGUUGAUCAUUGUCAGGGAGCCAACCACAAGAGCUAUUUCUGAUUACACUCAGGUGCUAGAGGGGAAGGAGAGGAAGAAUAAAACCUAUUACAAGUUUGAGAAGCUGGCUAUAGACCCUAAUACCUGCGAAGUGAACACAAAAUACAAGGCAGUAAGAACCAGCAUCUACACCAAACAUCUGGAACGGUGGUUGAAGUACUUUCCAAUUGAGCAAUUUCACAUCGUCGAUGGAGAUCGCCUCAUCACGGAACCCCUGCCAGAACUUCAACUCGUGGAGAAGUUCCUAAAUCUUCCCCCGAGGAUAAGUCAAUACAAUUUGUAUUUCAACGCUACCAGAGGGUUUUACUGCUUGCGAUUUAACAUUAUCUUUAAUAAGUGCCUGGCGGGCAGCAAGGGGCGCAUUCAUCCAGAGGUGGACCCCUCUGUCAUUACCAAAUUGCGCAAAUUCUUUCACCCUUUCAAUCAAAAAUUUUACCAGAUCACUGGGAGGACAUUGAACUGGCCCUAAAAUAAUGUCAUACGACACUAUGUGUUGUGCCCGGGGACACACAAUGUCUCGUCUGGAUUAAAAUAUGCACUUUUCCUAUAGACACAACUGUCCAAGUCAUUUUUCCAUGUAUACUUGUACAUACGCAGUGUGUGACCAAAUAUAAGAUCAGCUCUUUUUCUACUGAAAAUUUACAAAAACAAAAAACAAACCAAUUUGCUGUCUACAUAGUUGCAUCUUUUAUGCUAUUUACAAAAAGAAGAGGUGGUGGUACUGGGGGAAAGUGACUUCAGCUAUUCUCAAAGAGUUAGUCUUCCUCUGAGUCAGAAUUUGUCGCCUGCCAUUUUCAUAGAUUUAAGCCAAAAGAUUGACAUGUGAAAAUGUACCAAUGGCUGUGAAGUUUCAGGAAGUAGAGGAUUCGGUUAUGCAUUCUUUUCUAAGGGAAAGCUGACUCUUUAAUUCAGAUGCUGAAUUGAUGCCAUGAAAACAGAAAAUACUAUUUUCUUAUUAUUUAAAAAAAUGUCUUAUCUCAUAAAAUUGACAUCGUUCCAAAGUUCCUGUGGUGAUUUUGCACUAUCGUUUUCUCAUAUGGACCAUGGUGUCACUUGUAGCAUGUCAGUCACACAUCGGAAAGUCAAGUCCUUUUACUUCCGUGUUCUAUGUCAACAAAGAGAAAUGUCAUGUACAUAGUGUAUAUAGUUGUAAAUACUGGUUUCACACUAAGUAAUUCUAUUUUGUAAACUGAAUAUGGCUAUUUAAUUUAUUGUGAAAAUUAAAUUUAUUGUGGUAUUUAAAAAAUGGAAUGGAUUAAAAUUACUCUAUGUGCAAUUUUUUUUUAUUCAUUUUGUUUUAUGUGCCCCUUGCUGGCUCCCAAAGUCAAAGCUGUUUAUGUGCACAUGAGAGCACUUGGAAAGAUGCACUUCUCCGUUGGAUUUCUGUACCCUUGUGAUAUGAAGCAAGGUUGGAUAUAUUUUUUAAAAAUAUCUCAACCAUCUGGAAAUCUAGUAUAACAGCCACCUCAAAGAGCACUUGUGCUUCCCUGCUACAACCUUGUAACAAUUAACUUACUUGCAGUUGCUCCUGGUGCUAGGAGACAGACAAGAAAUACUUUAAUAUAAUCAAGGCAUAGAAGAAUCACAGUUUUAUAUGAACCUCUAAUCAAAGUCAGACCAAUAGAGAAAUUAAAUAAAAUAAGAUUAGAAAACUUGUGUAGCCUCUGUACUGAAAGCUGCUGCUGAUGCUUCCGCAAACUCUCAGAACUCCCUCUUUGAGAUGAAACUACAUCAGCCUGCUCAGGAAUGAUCAAAUUACGUAGUGUUGCUAUUACUAACAUAAACAUAUGGCUCAGAUUUCCAUCCAGAGAAAUUAAUGCUAAAUUGGGUGCUUGCUAACAUCAGAUAGCCUGUACUGUUCUGCAUUUACAGAUGCUUAAAUAUAGUUCGGAAAACCUUGGAAAGAGGUAUCAACAGAAAAAAUAAUAAUAAUA